AACAAGAGCACACAUGACUAUAUUUAGACUUACACAUUGAGAGAAUUUGAUGAGUCAAAGUGCUUAAAUGAACAGUUUCAAAAAUCAAAAUUGGACAAAUAUUGGGGGAUGGAGGGAGUAAAAAAAGGCAGUUCAUUUGGACUUUGUAUAGUGCCAAGACUUUCCAUCUUCUUCUUGGAUUGAUUAUUUAUUCAAACAAGAAGCUAUCGCAUCAUCUUCUCUUCAACUCUGAUCUCUCCUACAGCAGCUCAGAAAUAUGCAAGGUGCAGAUAUUAACCUAAGAAUUUCACGAAUCUCAGCUCACCUAUCCCCUCAUAAAUCCCAGACGGAAGAAGUUUCUGGUUUGGGGAUGGCGAAUUGCAGGGCCAAAGGGGCGUCGCCAGGGUUUAGAGUUGCGAUUUUGGGUGCUGCUGGAGGUAUAGGACAGCCUCUUUCUAUGCUCAUGAAGAUGAACCCGUUGGUCUCGCUUCUGCAUCUCUACGAUGUGGUAAAUACACCAGGUGUUACCUCAGAUAUCAGCCACAUGGAUACUGGUGCUGUGGUGCGUGGUUUUUUGGGGCAACAACAGUUGGAGGAGGCUCUCACGGGCAUGGAUCUUGUAAUCAUUCCUGCUGGUGUUCCUAGAAAACCUGGGAUGACAAGAGAUGACCUUUUUAACAUUAAUGCUGGAAUUGUUAAGACCUUGUGUGAAGGAAUAGCAAAGAGCUGUCCAAAAGCUAUAGUCAAUCUAAUUAGUAACCCUGUGAACUCAACGGUUCCAAUUGCUGCAGAAGUUUUCAAAAAGGCCGGCACCUAUGAUCCCAAACGGCUUUUGGGAGUGACAAAGCUUGAUGUUGUGAGAGCCAAUACAUUCGUGGCUGAAGUUCUGGGACUUGAUCCAAGGGAAGUGGAUGUUCCAGUUGUAGGUGGUCAUGCAGGAGUUACAAUUUUACCUCUUUUGUCUCAGGUUAAACCUCCGUGUUCUUUGUCUCCUGAGGAAACUUCAUAUCUGACCUCACGUAUUCAAAAUGGAGGCACUGAGGUUGUUGAGGCAAAAGCUGGUGCAGGAUCUGCAACACUGUCCAUGGCAUAUGCUGCUGUCAAAUUUGCAGAUGCAUGCUUACGGGGAUUAAGAGGAGAUGCUGGAGUUGUUGAAUGUGCCUUUGUGGCUUCUCAGGUGACGGAGCUCCCUUUCUUCGCAUCCAAAGUACGGCUUGGGCGCAAUGGAAUUGAAGAGAUUUACUCACUUGGUCCCAUGAAUGAAUAUGAAAGGGCUGGGCUGGAAAAGGCAAAAGAAGAGCUAGCAGCGAGUAUUCAGAAGGGGAUUAUGUUUACAAGAAAAUGAAUAGGCUCUUGACACAUACGUUUUGUCCAGUGCCUUGUAGUGGUGUGGGAACCAUGAGGCUUCUCUCUUUUCACCCAAAAGUAAAAGAAGAUUAUAUAUAUACUUAUAGAGGGAAAACAAGUAUGCAAGUUAAAGAAUGUUGAAAUAAUAAAUGAUAAUAUCAUAU